UGAUGGUCACAUUAAUUUAGGGAAACUGUUGACAAUCGCCGCAACUGAGUUAUAAUUUUCACUGAAAUAAAACCCUUGGAAGUGGUUUAAUUGUUAUUCAAGAUGACUGAGGAUUGGCAAACUCAGAAGUUCCGGCAGAACGUGAUCUCCAAGAUCCACGAAUUGUUGCCCCCAAAUGCACAGGAUCAAACUAAAAAUGCCAGCAUGAUGGAGAACCACAUCUUCCGGAAAUCGCGGACCAAGGACGAGUAUCUGGGACUGGUGGCCAAGUUGUUUAUGCACUACAAGGACAUGUCAAGGAAGUCUCAGCAGCAGCAACAACAACAACAGCAACAGCAGCAACAACAAGGAGGCCCACCGCCCAAUGCUGAAAUGGGCGGUGGGCAGAACAUGAUGCAAGACCCAUUAAAUGCUUUGCAAAACUUGGCUAGCCAGGGUAAUCGAAAUCCCCAAAUGAUGCCCAUGGGUGCUGGUGGGGCUCCUGUACCAGGUGGUCCUGGCACUGCUUCUAAUCUGCUGCAAUCCCUGAACCAACAACGUCCCGGGCAGCAGCAAAUGCAACCUAUGCCCAAUAUCCGCGGCCAAAUGCCCGGAGGCGGGGCCCAACAGAUGAUGCAGGUCCAGCAGCAGAUGCAAGGUGGCAACAAUCCUGGUGUGAUGAAUGUAAUGGGUGCUGGCGGGGCCCAGAAUCAGGGCCAAAUCGUGGGAAAUACUGGACAACAGAUGGGCGGCAUGCCAAACCAAAUGGUAGGUCCUGGUCCAAACAGUGGUCCCGCCGUUGGAGGAGCUGGUGGUGCAAAUACUGCUCCAGGAGCUGCUGGACCGGUGCCAAAUCAAAUGCAAAACAAUCCUAUUAACGUGAACACUAUGCAACCGAUGCCGCCCAUGCAACAGAUCCAGCAGAACCAGAUGACAAUGGGCAUGAAUCCGAUGAUGCGCAUGGGCCAGGGCAAUGGGAUGGGUGGACCGCAGGGAAUGCCCGGUCAGGGAAUGCAGGGCAUGCCCCCCAACAUGCAGCAGGCCCAGCACAAUGUUGUUGGCGGCCCGGCGGGACAGCAGCAAGUGGGCGGUGCAGGUCUGCCGCCAAAUGCCGUACAACAAGGUGGCAUUAACCCCAUGGGUGGCAUGGGUGUGAAUAUGCCACCGAAUCUACAGCAAAAGCCCAAUAUGGGAAUGGGUCAGGGUGGUCAAAUGUUCCCCGGAAAUCGAGGCAGUGUCGGAGUUGGGGGUCAGCAGCCGGGCCAGCCGUUCAUGAGGUCCAGCCCCUCGCCAGCGGACGCCCAACAGCUGCAGCAACAGCAGCAGCAGGCUCAGCUUCAGCAAAUGCAGCAGCAACAACAACAACUGGGUGUCGGCAACCAAACGCCCACCCAACAGCCGCCCACACCGCAGAUGCCAACUCCCCAGAUGAUACCCAGUCCGGCUCUGGUCCCACAGUCCAGUCCCCAGAUGAUGCAAAUGCAAAAUCCCCAACGCAACAUUCGCCAGCAGUCGCCGAGUGCCUCGAUCAACACACCCGGCCAAGUAACCGGGAAUAGUCCGUUUAAUCCCCAGGAGGAGGCCAUGUACCGCGAAAAGUAUAAACAACUUACCAAGUACAUUGAACCGCUGAAGCGGAUGCUGGCCAAGAUCAGCAAUGAUGGAACAAAUGUGGAAAAAAUGACCAAAAUGAGCAAGCUAUUGGAGAUCCUCUGCAAUCCCACGCAGCGUGUGCCUCUGGAAACUCUGCUCAAAUGCGAAAAGGCUCUGGAGAGAAUGGAUUUGAUUUCGUAUUCGGGUCAACAGUUUGGGAAAUCCUCGAAUCCACUGCUGGAGGUGAUAAAUACCACACUCCAAAGUCCUGUGGCGAAUCAUACACUGCAUCGCACCUUCCGACCCACGUUGGAAUUGCUCUUCGGCACGGAUAUAGCAGCUCCAGUGCCUGCGAAGCGAUCCCGUGUCGAGGAGAAAUCCUCGCCAUUCGAGCAGGAUGUGCCCCAUGUGCUUCAGGGAGAGAUAGCCCGUUUGGAUACCAAGUUCAAGAUUAAGCUGGAUACCACCUCGCAGGUGAACAAUAAGGCGAUUCGUUUGAUUUGCUGUUUGGACGACAAGCGGCUGCCAAGUGUGCCGCCCGUCAGUGUCAGUGUGCCGGAAGAGUAUCCCUGGCAGGCGCCGGACUGUUCCCUAACGGAACAAGAGUACUCGGCUACUCCUUUCCUACAGACUGUACAACAAGCUCUUACCGCACGCAUGUCCAAGCUGCCGAAGAACUAUUCAUUAUCGCAUCUGCUGGACACCUGGGAAAUGGCUGUACGCCAGGCGUGCUCUCCGCACUCGAAGCCAAGGGAUGUCUGUGAAAUGACGACCUUGCUGGGCAUGUAAUUGCAUAUUUCGACAUUCUUAUUCACCCAUACUCCAAUCGUACAUCUUUUAAUAGGACACCCUCCAAACGAGAGGGUGCCCUGUAGAGUUAAGAUAAAUAUCUCAUAUGUACUCUUAUUUAAAAUAAAUGCAAAAAAAAUUAAA